AACACGCUAAGCUCUGUGCAGCAUUUCUUUUCUCUUCAUUCAAUCAAACUCGCAAGUAAUUAUUCAUCAAACGAGCAGAGAAAACAUCUGCGUACAAAACAACACAUAGGUCAGAAGAAAACGUUUGAUCAAUCAGUUGUGAUUCAAUCGAGUAAGAACAACGAAUUGAUCUGGGAACUAUCGUGUCAAUCGCGGACAAUAAUUGGUCUUCUAAGAAACUAUAUCUACUAUUCAUCGACCCGACAACAAAGUAUAAAGUUGUGCUAGCUCGCUUUUUGUAUCUACACGUGACGGAUAUAGUUCUUCUCGACUAAACCAAAGACUAUCAAAACAACAACAAGAGCAACAGUGAUCAAAAAUAGUGUUGAUUGGCGAGGAUGACGCUGACCAACUUUGAGAUCAAGAGUGUGUGUGUUGUGUGCGAGGUGCCCUUCGAUUCUUUGGCGGAGAAAGUGCCUGGAUGGAGCUACCACUACAAAUGCUUCCACUGCAAAGCAUGUCACAAAGUAGUAGAAGACGAGUACUUGUCUGACUCCUCCUCCCCCUGCAACCCCAUCUACUGUCUCUCCUGCGGGGUGGGGGAGUUCAGAGAGGAGAGCAUAGAGAACAACCCCACCCACUACUACAUCAAAGACCGCGUGAGGAAAGUGAGACAUGGAAAACUGAUUCCCUUGAUGGGACUGAAGAAGAAGAUAUCCUCUGGGUUGCAUCUCAAGUGAUAGAAAAGAAGCGAGCGAAAUGAAAUCAAAUGAGUUCAAAUCAAAUCAAAUGAAUUUUGAUCAGUCGACGUGCUCAAAUUAUCCUCCAAAGAACUGAAUAUCUUCCAUCCAAUUUGGCAGAUAUUUCUCAGAAGUAGUUUAAUAUGUGAAUUUCUUCUUAGAAAAACUGACUGAAAUUAUUUAGAUUAUCUUCAA